AGGUAGGUUGCCCAGCAAAGUGGGCAGUGGGGUCUCCCAAGCCGCAUGGCAUGGCAUGACUUACCCGAAGAACUCAUCCAUACCAAUCUCAGGAGGCUUGGCUCGCGUUAGAGUGGCUGGUUUGCGCUUGCCGUUCGGCCAGCUGCUUAGAGAUUUGUUCGCUGGAGGCUCGGUGCACCGCGUGGUCGAGAGGGAGACGCGGAUUGGUUGAGCCUAGUUCAGGCAAUCUGCCUGGGUGAGGUAACGAUAUGGCGAAGCUGCCAUGCUGGAUAUUUCCGCCAAGUCGCAGGGCAGCUUGGGAUGCACCCAACCAGCAGCUCUCCUUGUCGAAUCCCCGAUUUUAUGGGACCUAAGUAGCCGAUGCCAAAUUUUUAUCUGGGAGCGCCACGUCAGGUUACAGGUCUUCCAGCACCAAGCCAGCAGUAGCUGAUGCGGCAAGGUCGUUGAAUCUGUCUCGUCAUGGUUGGGUUUCGUCUGUUCGGCGUUAGCUCUAUAAGCGGGCCCAUGGCGACUCCUCCCUUGCUGCUGUAACUCAAAAUCCCCGACGAUCCUCGUCACACCAUAGCUGCUCCGUCCUUCCCUCCAGCGAAUUCUCGGGAUAAGCAGCGUAAAAUAUAUUCCUUCAGCCUUCACAUGCACCCCUAGCUUCAAGGAAGGGACUAGACUCAAGAGGCUCAUCGUCCCAUAUACUUGAAUCCGUGCGACGUGAGACACGCGGCACGUCCAUUCUAGUCCGUCUGCCGCGGUACAGCACCCGCGUUCUGCUCGUUGCUACUACCCUUGUUCCUGGCUCCGCAUCUCGUCCUGAUUGAGACGUCUCCUCCCACAAGAACCACGCACCCAGCCGCGGUGCAAUCCCCUGCGCGAAUGGCGCGUGUCUCCGCAAGCUCCGCGCCCCGCCGUGUCAUUCCGCCCGCACCGAUGGUCGUCUCCGCAGCGCUGCUGCUGUCGCUGCUGCUGGCGGGGGCAGGCGGGGGGACGCGAGUGGCAGCGGCGGAAGACGUCCUCGUGGCGAGCGCGCACGUGCCGCUGAUGAUGGAGGUGCGGCGGCAGUGGGCGCGGUACGUGGACCUGUCGUCGUGGGACGCGCGCCAGCCGUGCGCCAAGUGGGCGUUCGUCACGUGCAACAAGCGCACGGGGGAGGUCCGGCGCAUCGACGUGGCGAAGAAGGGCAUAGAGGGGCCGCUGCCCGCCGUGCUGGGGAGCAUCAGCACGCUCUUCCAGUUCUUCGCCAACGACAAUAAGAUCACGGGCCCCAUCCCCGAGUCCUUCGGCCAACUCUCCCAGCUGCAGCAGAUUGUGCUGCGCGGCAAUCGGAUCACGGGGCCUCUGCCUCGCAGCAUGGGCAAGAUCUCCUCUCUCUGGGAAAUUCAGCUGCAGGGCAACAUGAUCCGUGACGUCAUUCCCGCCAUGUGGAAGGGCAUGACAGGCCUGGGGAAUUUCUACAUCGCGGACAAUCAGAUCCAAGGGCCGCUGCCAACGGAGCUGUGCCAGAUGACGUCACUGCAGCGCAUUCGGUUCAGCAACAACCAGAUAUCGGGGCCCAUCCCAGCAUGCAUUGGCGCCCUCAAGGACAUGGUCAACUUCUACCUGGACAACAAUCGCCUGACGGGCUUCAUCCCGGCGUCCAUUGGCAACUUCAGCAAGGCUGUCAACUUCUUCAUCAACGGCAACAACAUCGAUGGGCCCAUCCCCAGUACUGUCGGCGGCAUGACCAGCCUUGACACCCUGUUCCUGAGCGGCAACUGGAUCAAGGGCCCUCUGCCAUCCACCAUCGGCAACCUCAAGAACCUCAAGCACUUCAUAAUGGAGUUCAACAACAUAUCUGGCCCCAUCCCGCCCACCAUCGGAGACAUGGUCAAGUGCGAGCGCAUUCUCCUGGACAACAAUUUCCUCACGGGCGUCAUCCCCCCCACCAUCGGCAAGCUCACCAACCUCGUGUGGCUGUUCCUCCAGGGCAACUUCCUGGAGGGCAAGGUGCCUCAGUCCAUUCCGAAGCUGCCCAACCUCUUCUACUUCAACGUGGCGAGCAACCGCCUGACAGGCACGGCGAACUGGGACUUCAGCAACGGGGCCAUCAAGGGCGGGGAGGUCAACGUGCGCUCCAACUACUUCUAUGGCACGCCCUCCUUCACUGCUGCCGGCAAGCCCUUCUGCCCCGUCACCAAGACCUCCAAGAUGAACGGCCUGGAUCAGAUCUUCCUCUCGUCCUCCAAGUUCAAUUGCUUCUCCUUCCCGGCGAAGUACCCCUGCCCUGGGUUCAACGAGCCUGGGUACGGCAGUCCUGCGGUGUGCCAGGGGUUUUGUGGUGCGAGCUCGCCCCAGGGCACGUGCAACGGGCUGGGGUAUUGCAGCAAGACGAGUGCGGUGGUGGGGGGGUGGGGGUGUGUGUGUGAUGCCGGGGCCACGCUUGCCCCUAACGGCACCUGGUGCUUGCCUCGCAGCGGCAGUGGCAGCAGCAGCGGCAGUGGCAGCGGCAGCGGCAGCGGCAGCGGCAGUGGCAGCGGCAGCGGCAGCGGCAGCGGCAGUGGCAGCGGCAGCGGCAGCAGCAGCGGCAGUGGCAGUGGGAACUGCAUUGGCGGCCGGGCGAACAGCAGCAAUGGUGGUUGUGGCAGGACGGGCUCUAGCGUUGAGGAAGACGACAGCAAGAGCAAGGGCAAGGGCAAGGGGAAGAGCAAGGGGAAGGGGCAGCUCUCAAUGACUUUCAUGAGAGGCUGAUUGGGGGGAGCAUGCGUGUGCGAUGGGGGGAGGAGGCGAGUGAUGGCAGAGGAUGCUUCUUGGAGCUGGCCUUUAAUCCCUUGAGGAUCGACUGUUGUACCAUUUUGGUGGCAUGGCGUUUAGCAACCUGCUGUGCUGGCGAGGGAAGGCAGCACAGAUCCACUCUGACUCACUUCAUGAGAGCGGAUUCUUAUUUCUACAGCCAUCACUGCUUGGUUGGUUUGCACGCGGUGGAACGGCCUGAGCUAAGGGACACUACAUUAGACGCGCUGGUUUGUUGGUGGCCUUCUAGUGUCCUGGGAGUAGAAUGGGAGGUAAUAAGGGGUGCUAGCUACACUGCUCUGAUUUGUGAUGCCAGCUGUUGUAAAAUAAACAUUGUAUUUCUGGCUGAAUUUUACUGGC